AUGUCACAGAUGUUGGCAACGUUUGUGAGAAACACAAGCAAAAAGAUCAUGGGUCUCAUUCAAAGCUGCUUAGCUAAACGUAACAAAGUGGGUGUAUCCGAGAGGGACGAGACAGAGGCGUAUGGAACAGUGCAACAGUCCACGGUAGUAGAUGCGAAAGGGGGAGUGACAUUUGAUGUGACUUUCGAAACCACGGGGCCGGGGAAAUCUAGGACUCCACAGUUUCUGUUCGUUAACAACCAAAAGGAGGAUAACUUUGAAGAAUGGCGAGAAAACCAAGAGAGAAUGCAAGAGGAGAGACAGUCACGUGCCAAGGAGAAAAGACACGAAGUUCGAGUCCUGAAACAGAUCGAGAUGGCGCACAGAGAGAUGGACAGAUUAGAGAAAUUUAUACCCUUGUCAAAUCUAUCAGAUGAACAGCAAAGAGAGAAUCUGGAUGCUGGAAAUAAGAACGUUUGAUGCAUUGUACACUAUAGCGUUAUUCUUGCAGAGAGUAAUUUUUGUUCCAUGGCAAUAGGAGUAAUGAAUCUUUAUGACGUAAGCAACCACAA